CCCCCGCCCGCUCGCCCGCCCGCCCCGGCCGCGUCGGAGGGCCGGCAGCGGGGCUGGAUGUGCCCGGCUCCCCCCGCGCUGAGGUGGGCAGCGAUGCAGAAGGCAGGCGGCAGCUUCGCCUCCGCCGAGAGACACCCGCUCAAGAUGGCAGAUGUGUGUUGAGUUUGGGGGGCUGCGAUCUCGCGUCGUUCGUGGCGGCGUUGCCAUGAAUAACAGGCGUCCUUGCACCGAUGGCCCCCAUGUACGAAGGUAUGGCCUCGCAUGUGCAAGUUUUCUCUCCUCAUACCCUUCAGUCAAGUGCCUUCUGUAGCGUGAAGAAACUGAAAGUGGAGCCGAGUUCGAACUGGGAUAUGACUGGGUACGGCACACACAGCAAAGUCUACAACCAGGGCAAGAACGUGCAGUCCUCCCAAGCAGCCGCUGCAGCAGCCGUCAACGCCUCCCUGCAGAUCCCCAACCCCAGCAUCCCUUACGAGCAGACCAUCAUCUUCCCAGCAAGCACGGGGCACAUCGUGGUUACAUCUGCCAACAGCACUUCUGGUGUGGUUGCAGUGUCUGGGCAAACGCUGGGCGGGCCGCACAACCUGAUGCGUCGCAGCACUGUGAGCCUUCUGGACACCUACCAAAAAUGUGGACUUAAGCGCAAGAGUGAGGAGAUUGAGAACACAAGCAGCGUGCAGAUUAUCGAGGAGCAUCCACCAAUGAUUCAGAACAAUGCCAGUGGGGCCACUGUAGCCACCGCCACCACCUCCACGGCCACUUCCAAAAACAGUGGCUCCAACAGUGAAGGGGAUUACCAGCUGGUGCAACAUGAGGUGCUCUGUUCCAUGACCAACACGUACGAAGUGUUAGAGUUUCUUGGCCGCGGAACCUUCGGACAAGUAGUCAAAUGCUGGAAACGUGGCACUAAUGAGAUUGUGGCUAUCAAGAUCCUAAAAAACCACCCUUCUUAUGCCCGGCAAGGCCAGAUUGAAGUGAGCAUCCUGGCUCGGCUGAGCACGGAAAGCGCGGAUGACUACAACUUUGUCCGUGCUUAUGAAUGCUUCCAGCACAAGAAUCACACAUGCUUGGUAUUUGAAAUGUUGGAGCAGAACCUCUAUGAUUUCUUAAAACAAAAUAAAUUCAGUCCCUUGCCCCUUAAGUACAUUCGACCAAUCCUCCAGCAGGUAGCAACUGCCCUAAUGAAGCUGAAAAGCCUGGGACUGAUUCAUGCUGAUCUCAAACCAGAGAACAUCAUGCUGGUAGACCCAUCCCGACAGCCGUAUAGGGUCAAGGUCAUAGACUUUGGUUCAGCUAGCCAUGUGUCUAAGGCUGUGUGUUCUACUUACCUUCAAUCCAGAUACUACAGAGCCCCUGAAAUCAUCCUCGGUUUACCCUUUUGUGAAGCAAUCGAUAUGUGGUCAUUGGGAUGUGUCAUUGCAGAGCUGUUCUUGGGCUGGCCCUUGUACCCAGGAGCUUCAGAGUACGAUCAGAUUCGCUACAUUUCACAGACGCAGGGCUUACCAGCAGAGUAUUUGUUAAGUGCAGGGACAAAGACGACGAGGUUUUUCAACAGGGAUACAGACUCACCAUAUCCCUUGUGGAGGCUGAAGACACCAGAUGAUCAUGAGGCAGAGACGGGGAUUAAGUCAAAGGAAGCAAGAAAGUAUAUUUUCAACUGUUUGGAUGAUAUGGCACAGGUGAACAUGACGACGGAUUUGGAGGGCAGCGAUAUGUUGGUGGAAAAGGCAGACCGGCGGGAGUUCAUAGAUCUGUUGAAGAAGAUGUUGACGAUAGACGCGGAUAAGAGGAUAACCCCCAUUGAAACUCUGAGCCACCCUUUUGUCACCAUGACACACUUGCUCGACUUCCCUCACAGCACACAUGUCAAGUCCUGCUUCCAGAACAUGGAGAUUUGCAAGCGGCGGGUGAAUAUGUACGACACGGUGAACCAGAGCAAGACACCAUUCAUCACCCACGUAGCCCCAAGUACAUCGACCAACCUGACCAUGACUUUUAACAACCAGCUCAACACAGUCCACAACCAGACCACCAACCUGGCUCCCACCUCCUCCAGUGCCACUAUUUCCUUAGCCAACCCCGAGGUCUCCAUACUAAAUUACCAAUCUGCACUCUACCAGCCCUCAGCGGCGUCCAUGGCUGCGGUGGCCCAGCGGAGCAUGCCCCUGCAGACGGGAACAGCGCAGAUCUGUGCCCGGCCAGACCCCUUACAGCAAGCCCUCAUCGUCUGCCCACCAGGCUUCCAAGGGUUACAAGCGUCCCCUUCGAAGCACGCUGGGUACUCGGUCCGGAUGGAGAACGCCGUCCCCAUUGUCACCCAGGCUCCUGGGGCCCAGCCUCUUCAGAUCCAGCCAGGACUCCUCGCACAGCAAGCAUGGCCCAGUGGCACUCAGCAGAUCCUGCUCCCUCCUGCCUGGCAGCAGCUGACCGGGGUGGCCACCCACACUUCUGUCCAGCAUGCGACCGUCAUCCCGGAGUCCAUGGCAGGCACCCAACCGCUGGCAGACUGGAGGAACACGCACGCCCACGGCAGCCACUACAACCCCAUCAUGCAGCAGCCCACGCUGCUGGCCAGCCACGUGGCCCUGCCCGCCGCCCAGCCCGUCAACGUGGGCGUCGCUCACGUCAUGCGCCAGCCGCCUGCCGCUGCCUCCGCCAGGAAGAGCAAGCAGCACCAGUCGGCUCCACGCAAUGCCUCCACCUAUGAAGUGUCAUCCUCCCAGUCCAUCAGCUCGCCCCAGCGGUCGAAACGAGUGAAGGAGAACACCCCUCCGCGCUGUGCCAUGGUGCACACCAGCCCUGCCUGCAGCACCUCGCUGACGUGCGGCUGGGGCGAUGCGGCCGGCGGCAGCGCGCGGGAGCGGCAGCGGCAGACCAUCGUCAUCCCCGACACCCCCAGCCCCGCUGUCAGCGUCAUCACCAUCAGCAGCGACACGGACGAGGAGGAAGAGCAGAAGCAUGCACCCACCAGCACCUUGUCCAAGCAAAGGAAGAACGUCAUCAGCUGUGUCACCGUGCAUGACUCCCCCUACUCCGAUUCCUCCAGCAACAACAGCCCUUACACUGUGCAACAUCGCACAGGGCAGAACAAUGGGAACAGCUACGACACCAAAGGGGUUCCAGAGACUCACUGCAGUGGGAACCCCCGAACGAUCAUCGUGCCACCACUGAAAACCCAGGCCAGUGAGGUGUUGGUAGAGUGCGAUAGCCUGGCACCAGUCACCACCAGUCACCACUCAUCCUCCUACAAGUCCAAGUCCUCCAGCACCGUGACCUCCACCAGCGGUCACUCUUCAGGGAGCUCGUCUGGAGCCGUUGCCUAUAGGCAGCAGCGACCAGGAGCACAUUUCCAGCAGCAGCAGCCUCUAAAUCUAAGUCAGGGCCAGCAGCACAUCUCGACUGACCGCACAGGGAGUCACCGGAGACAGCAAGCCUACAUCACUCCAACGAUAGCUCAGGCCCCGUACUCUUUCCCGCACAAUAGCCCCAGCCACGGUACGGUCCAUCCCCACCUGGCCGCGGCUGCCGCUGCUCACCUGCCCACCCAGCCCCACCUGUACACAUACACCGCCCCCGCCGCCCUGGGCUCCACGGGCACCGUCGCGCACCUGGUGGCCUCGCAAGGCUCCGCCCGGCACGCGGUGCAGCACACCACCUACCCCGCCAGCAUCGUCCACCAGGUCCCCGUCAGCAUGGGCCCGCGCGUCCUGCCCUCGCCCACCAUCCACCCGAGUCAGUACCAGGCUCAGUUUGCCCAUCAGACCUAUAUCAGUGCUUCUCCAGCCUCCACAGUCUACACUGGAUACCCACUGAGCCCCACCAAGGUCAACCAGUACCCUUACAUCUAAACACUGGAAUAAAGAGCGAGAGACGCACCCAGCCCGGGGGGAGUGAGGCAGCCGCUUUUGUAUUGAAGAACAUGACAAACUAACAAUGCAAUGGGAGGCUCGUGUGAAACUUGAACGAAGGAGACUUUAGGAAGAAAAGAAAAAGAGGAAAGAAGGGGGAAAACCAAUUCUACAAUUUUUAUUUAAAAAAAAAAAGAAAAUGGAAAAAAAGAACAGAAAAAAAUAAACCACAAAAAAAAAAAAAAAAAAACAAAAAAAAAAACAAACCAACCAUUCUGCACCAAACUAGAGAGAAAGAGAGAAGGAGAAGGACCCUCCAGCGGGUCCUGUCUUUUGAAGAACUUCACCAACAGACUUUUAAAGGUUAUUUUCAUCCAAUAGUGAGCUACAUUUAGAAAUUUGUUGUCCAGAACACCUAAAAUGAAAUCCAUUAGGUUUUUAAUUCUGUAGGUAUAUGGAUUAGGGAUUUAUCCAGCAUUUCAAAGGGUUUAUACAGCAGUUUUUGUAUCCCAGAGUAUACAUAGAUUUGGCGGGAUGUUUAACAGAAAAAGAAAGUGGGUAAGGGAGGCUGAGGGUGGAGGACAAAACGUUGUCCCAGUGCUCUAAAUUUGGGCCUAACACUGCUACACUUACACACACCUGGGCAAACAGGCCGUGCAGCACUGGUUGAGAGUAGAAGCAAUGGGGGUGUUUCUCCCUCUUCUUGAACACACUGGAUAAAUCCCUGAGAAAUGCUAUUCCUAAACAAGAUCUCUAAUAAUAUAUGUUGGAUUUCAGUUGGUUUUUUUUCUAGGUUUUUGUUUUGUUUUGGUUUGGUUUUUUUGGAAGUGUUCCUUUUCAAUCCCUAGCCAUUUUAGUAUAGGAGGAUACAUUUUAGCUGCCCCCAACCCCCUGCCCCCAGCCCCGGUAGAAUGUAGCACUAUACAGGUCAUACCCCUUUUUACUCUUUUGUGUUGAACUUCAACGAUACCAAUAGACUAUUCCUCAAUGUGAUUGCACAAAGAAAAGUGAUAUAACAUAGGCAUGUAACAAUGUGAUUGUCCAGGUGUGUGUGUGUGUGUGUGAGUGCAGAUGCUGCCUUCUCUCUGUGAUGUGUUCCUCGGCACAGCCAUUACAACUGUCACAGUCUUAGUUUUACAUCAUUCCCUCGUAGUGCCUUACCAAACUACAGACGCGGUUUAAGGGUUUACUUCCACUGGUACUCCUAGAAACUGACUGAGGCUAGUUGGAAUUUACUCUCAGCUCUUUUUCUUUCUUUUUUUUCUUCUUCUUUUUUUUUUUUUUUUGGGGGGGGGGGUGUUACUGCUGAUUUUCUCCUGCUGGUGGUGUUGGGUUUUUUCCCACGUCGUCAAUCGUAGCUCACUUGGCGAGGUGUUGGGGUGGCUCCUUGGGGUCAGAAGUGCAUAUAACUGGGUGUUUUGUCAAGCACUGGAUGGACUAGAAGCAACCAGGUCGAUUGUGAGGACCCACAGGGUCUGGGGACUCAUUUGUGGACUGGUCUGUUUCUGUCCUGUUGAAAUAGCAGGUUUCCUCCCUGGAAACUGAAUUCUCAUUCUGCUGUUUGCCUCUGUUCUCGAUGGAGUGGGAGGACAGUGUCCACCCUCAUCAUCAGGUUGUCCUGGUCACAAGUCUGAAAUGGGAACAAAAAUAUAGUCCUUGAUAGCAGGAAACACUAGUUGUUGCCAACAUCUCUGACUAUGUCUAUUGAUGAGAAAGUGUCAGGAAAGGGCUGGAGUCCCAAAGCAAGCAUGAGAAAAUCCAGUUGAGAGAGUCAAUCUCAGGUUUCUUAAGUGAAAAGAGUAUUGUAAUACAUAGAGCCUUACCCACUCUAACAUAGCUGUGACACUGUGUGCCUCCCCUGCUCUCUUUUCACCUACACCCUGAAAAACUGCCUGCAAUGGCAGAGUGACCCUGGAACUGGAGAGUAGGUUGGUCCUCCACACCAAGGAAUGCUACGUGGUUGUUUUGUUUUCCAACAGUUUCUAAAGAGAGCCUUUCCUGUCAUUGGUUUGGUUCAGCGGGGAGUUUCCCUGGUAAUGGCACUUGCACUGGUGCAUCAGUACCAUCAUGCCUGUGGAUGUCCUGAGGAGGAAGGAGAGAAAGGAGUUUGGUAGAACGUUUCCAUGAAAGCUGAAGUCUAUGGGGCUGCUCAGUUCCACUCUACAUUUCCUUGUAACUAGAGCAUGGAGUAGUCAGGUGUUUUGCAAGAUGCUGGAAAAUAGCAGGUUUGUUGGCAGGGUGGUGAGGGAUGGGUUCCCUGAGUGGCAGUGAGGAAGGAGGCUCUCUCAGGUUGGAAAAGCUGACAGAAAGACAAGCACAAAUAUUAUGUUUUGUGGUAAGUGCUUGGCUGGCCUGGAAGACUAAGGGAUCCUGCUAUGCCCAGGCUGUUCAACAAGGCUAUUGUCUUCUGGCAAACCACCAAAUAACCUUCCUGGUUGCUAGCUCUGGUUCCUGGGCUACUCUUGCACAGUUUUCUUCUCCUGCCUGUCCUUCAUUCCAGCUCAGUAUACUGUAGAUGAGGAUGCAAUCUCCCAGCAGCCUAUGCACCUUACCCUCGCUCUUGUUUUGGAAAGACAUGUCCCCUUUCGCCUGAGGCAGGAAAAUAAAGCCCUGCUCUCUCUCUUGCAUUCCUCUCCUCUCUCACCAGUUCGGGAGCGAGAGUGUCAUGCUGCUUAUGUCAUGAAAAGGAAAGAUAAUGUUAUUUUAUUGUAUGGUUGUUGUGAUUAUGAUUAUUAUUUUAUUAUUAUUAUAUUUUACUCUGGGUUUUAAUUGCACAUGCAUUCCUUAAACUUUGUGGGGGUUUUUUUUCUCUUAUUGUUGUUAUUGUUGUUAAUUUUAUUUCUCUUAAUCAGUGGCAUUGGAAGGGUUACUGUGAUUAUGAGAACUGCAGGAGGAAGGAGAAACAAGAUUAUUCUGAUGAUGAAAACUCUGCAACUAAUCUGGGGAAGUGGGACUGGUGAGGGUGGUUAUGGCCUUGAGGAACAGGAGUUAUCCUCUGGGUCAAAUCUGCAUUUCAGGCUAAGUCCAGAAACAUUCAUUCAGAGACCAACACCUGCUAGCAGCUAACAUAAUGAUCUGUCAGGAGAGCUGGAUCAGAGGCAGGUAAGGACCUUGGUGCCCCAGGGUCCAGCUCACCAUCCCUUAGUUUGAAAGGACAUUUAUAUAAGAUUAAGACUUAUUUGUGCUCCAAGCCAUGAUCAUUGAGCCCUUGCAAAGAACACAAGGCCACACUAGAUAUUGAGGGUUUGGUUUUCCCAAAGGAGGGCACGGUUGGAUGGCUCUCCAGAAACAGGGCUAUUGAAGGAGCCACAGCAGAGCUGCAAGGGUGGCUCUCAGUCCCAUCACUGGAUAAAGCACACUGGCACACACAGAUGGCAUUAGCUGGGUAAAGCAUGGCUGCAGACAGGGCAGUGUUCCUCCCCUGCUCUUCCACUCUCACUGAAGACUAAUUAGGUGUCCACAGGCCAGGAUGUUUGGUUUGUUUUCUUUUCUUUGUUUGUUCCUGAUGUAGAUUUUCCCUUCUUUUACAAUUAUUUGUUGUGGAAUUUUGUUAUGCUGUUCUGGUUGCUACAGUUUAGGUAUUUAUUGUUUGAUUUGCAUCACCUGCUCUUUUAGAAUAGGGGGAAUCAGUGACUGAAUUUGAAUUCCAUUAAAAAAUUAUAGGACUUCAUCAAAGACUAAAAGUUAAUCAUGCAGUUGAGUGCUUUGCUAAAGAACUUCAAGUUAAAUACUUGUUUAUGUGCUCCUCUGGCCUAAGAUUAGCGAAGCAUGGAAGGUUGCAGUCUCAAUCACAGCAGUGUUUUACUUGUAUUAAUGGCAUUUUCCCUGUGUAUCUAUCUGGCCUGCUCUCCCACAUGUGCUCAGAUCUGAUUUUGGGGGGUAUUUGGCAGUGGAACUGUUACAUCAGCACAGACUGGCAGAGAGAAGGGUUACAGUGCAUGUCAGAGGAGCCACCUUUCACAUUGUCCAUCCUGGAGUAGCUGGUCUGCCAGCCAGUCGUGGUGAUGGGAUGCUGAUUACAAGAGAUGCACAGCACAUUGCUUUGAUGGUGCAGCACUGUGUGAGAGCUGUGUUUUCUGGUGGAUAUAAGGGAGCUGAGCAGCGCCUCCUCCUUCACACUUGUAUAAAGGAAUUGUAUGGAUGAAGGGUUGGUUGGUGAUAGGGGAAACACAGUCAUUUCAGCAGAGGAAGUAAAAGCUUUGCAUGCUGUCAGUACCACACACAUAACAAUAGCCAGCUGGUUUUGCUUGCAGAGUCCUUCGGAGAGGAAAUGGGAUUGGCAUGGUUUGGUUCAGUUGGUGUUCCUUGUGUGCAUGGAGUACAUGGUGUGGAAACUUGAGGGAGUAGGAGAAUGUUUGGAUACUGGAAGUUUUAUGGGUGGUUUAUGGCUGGCAGAGUGAAAAAGUGGUUAUUUUCCCCAUUAUGUCCUCUUGCAUUCUGCCUGUGCAGGAAGCAGAAGGGAGCACAGACUUUGUCUCUCCUCGGGAGGAUGUUCUGUUGUCUGCCAUGAGGUCAGAAUGCAGGAGGGAGGGUAGAGAACCACUAACAUGAGCAGACUGGAAAACCCAAAUGGAAGCAAAUUUCACUGUAGAGUGGUUAAAUCCAGUCAUUUGAGAGAGCAAAUGCAAUUGAAUCUUCCUUGGCAGGUUAUACCUGCUUGUACCCAACAAAUUGGCCUUUGGCAGGUCUCUAAUUCUCUUUCUCUAGUAGUUUUGGUGUAAUACACAAAAACAUUCCAAGUUUUGGUGUAAUACACAAAACAUUCCAAGAAAGGGACACUUUUGACUGUGACAUUUUUCUUUUUUUUUAGUAUAUAUUCAAGGGAUUGUGUAUUGUAAUUUGGUUUGAAGGCAAUUCAAUUAGCAACUUGAAGGGCAAUAAACCUGGCUUUUUCUUUAACCAAAGAUACUUUAUUUUUUUAAAAAAAGAGAGAAAGAGACUCCCAUCUACUCCAGAAAUUAAUGAAGCCACGAGUCAUGAGCACCAGGCAAUGAGGAUGCACCGUGGAACUCAGUCUUUCCAUUCACUUCUUUUUUUCUCUCUCUCUCUCUCUCAAGUUUCUGACAUCUUUUCGAGUAGCUAGCUUGAUGAGCAGAGAAAUUCACACUAAAUAUUGCUGCUAUCCUAAACUGUAGGGGAUGUCAAAAACUUUUUUCUUCUCUUGUUAUUGUUCACAUUGAUUUAAGUGUUUUAGUGGUGACAUUGCAGCAUGCAAAUGGUGAGAUGUGUAGUGGGGAUAAGCCUCUGGAUGCUCUGCAUGAUUCUGUAGUGUCUCCUCUGGAUUUAGGACAUUGGUUUUGUUCUGUGGGUUCAUAAAAUCAUAGAAUAUGCUGAGUUGGAAGGGACCUAUCAAGAUCAAGUCCAACUCCUGGCCCUGAACAGGACACCCCAAGAAUGACACCAUGUGCCUGAGAGCAUUGUCCAAAUGCUUUUUGAACUUUGUCAGGCUUGGUGCUGUGACCACUUCCCUGGGAAGCCUGUUCCAGUGCCCAACAACCUUCAGGGUGAAAAACUUUCUCCUGAUAGCCCAAACAGUGAUGCCAUGGUCAGGCCAGGCACAGCUGGGUAUUGGACUUAGACUUGUGUUCUUUCAUGGCUUUGCAAUCAUUAGAGAUCUGCAGUGCUGCUUGUGGGCCAAAUCCUCGAUACCUGUAUGCAAGGUCUGCUGUGGGUAGGCAAUAUAGAUGGCAAAGGUGUGGGAAGGGAAUGUUUUCUCUCUUCCUUUUGACAUAGCUGUCCCUACCGUGUCCCGUUUGCUGUGUGAGCUUCAAAGCAGUUGAUCUGUGGUCCUGGGCACUCAUCUACAUCACCAUCCUGGUGCUCCUGUGAGAAGGACCUGUGUCUAAAAUACCUGGAAUCCCCAGCUUAUUUCUCAUGGCCCACUUCUGUGCCUAGAAAUCAUUUUUCUCCCUCCAGCCAUAGGGAAGAGAUGGUUCUCUGCUGCUGAGGUUCCCCCACUGCCAUACUCCAACAAAGCUGCCUCUGAUGACAGUGACAAUUUCACCCUGGGUUGCAGAUGCUGAGUGAGGUGCUUGCAGAAAUGGUGCCAAUCCUGUUGUCGGUGGCUGUGCGUAGACUCCUUUUAGGACUACUGCACUGGGUGAGAGGAGCUGGGCUUUCCACGCUGAUCUCCAUCCCUGUGGUCCAUCCUCCCCACCACCACCUGUGUGCAUAUUGCUGUGAUGCCACCAUGCUCACCAGGCACACCCGGCACACAGCGAGACCCACAGCAGGGGUGGCCCCUGGAGGGAAGGCCUGGCAGUGUGCAGAGGAGCUGCUCACAAAGGCUCUGUGCUCAAGGGCUCUUUGACCCCUGUGACAAAUGUGAUUGCUGUGAGGGACCCCAGAGGCAGUGGUUACCUGUGAGGAGCUGCUGAUGCAGGUGGUGGUAUGAGAACCAGUCUGGAGGUAAACUGGGUUCUGCAUGUGUCAAAUGCUUUCAGUGGGAAGACGUGGUUUUAGAGCAUUUGCUUGUGUUGAGAGUGAAAUUUGAAUGGUAGAUUGGCUUGGUUCUUCAGAAGUCUUAUGAAGCAUACUAGGAGGUUUUGUGUUCGGCAUUUGUGGUUUGAAACUCCUGUUUCUCAUUUACGGGUUAGCUUUGUCCUUCCAGAUUUAGCAGUGCUGCUAUAACAAACUAUUCAUGUGUGUUUGAAGAUAAAGUUUUUGUUUUUAAUCUUUUGCUUAUCAUAGUUAAUCUAAGAAAGGCAAUACUAAAGGUAUAUUUUUUUCCAAAAAUGAUAUUUUUUACUGCACUGAUAAAUAUUGUGACAUCUCUGUUCUUAACUCUUUUUCUGUGAGGGGAACUGUGUGCAGAUUCACACAAACCAUGUAAAUACUUGUGUGUACUUCUGACAGCCAGGGAUUUUCCUUCCUUCCUUCCUUCCUUCCUUCCUUCCUUCCUUCCUUCCUUCCUUCCUUCCUUCCUUCCUUCCUUCCUUCCUUCCGCCCCUUCCGCCCCUUCCGCCCCUUCCUUCCUUCCGCCGCUUCCUUCCUUCCGCCCCUUCCUUCCUUCCUUCCUUCCUUCCUUCCUUCCUUCCUUCCUUCCUUCCUUCCUUCCUUCCUUCCUUCCGCCUCUUCCGCCCCUUCCGCCCCUUCCGCCCCUUCCUUCCGCCCCUUCCUUCCUUGCGCCCCUUCCUUCCUUCCUUCCGCCCCUUCCUUCCUUCCGCCCCUUCCUUCCUUGCGCCCCUUCCUUCCUUCCUUGCGCCCCUUCCUUCCUUCCUUCCGCCACUUCCUUCCUUCCGCCACUUCCUUCCUUCUGCCACUUCCUUCCUUCCGCCACUUCCUUCCUUCUGUCACUUCCUCCCUCCCUCCCUCCUACCCUCCUUCCUUCCUCCCUUAUUUCCAUUCUCAUUUCCUUCCUCACUUCCUUCUUCCUCUUCUUUCUUUCUUUCAAACAAGGUUUCCUCUUUGAAACAGAAAGCAAUGGGGCAACAAUGCUCAGCAAAAGCAAAGCUUAUCCCACUUUCAGAACGUAGCCAAGGAGUUUUUGCAGUGCUGGCAUAGAGUUAAUAUUUAAGCCGAUGUAUUUUGAUUUUUCAGCAAACUGUUUGGAAAGGAAUGAAAUGGAUAGAAAAGCUUCGGUCUGGAAUUCUGAUCAGAAGAGUUACCCAUCUAUUUUAUGGCAUUUUUUUCUUAUGGUUUCCUUUUCUUUAAAAAAAACUUAAAAAUUAAAAAAGGCUUGUUACAGGCUUGCUUGCCUGAGCUCUAGGCUGGUUGGCUGUCCUGGGAGUACUUUGUGCUCUGGGACUGCUGGCUCCUUUGGAAGCAAACCCACUGAUCAGCAUUCUGGAUUCUGAUUGCUUCAAUGGGUAUCCCCUGGUACUGUGGGAUACUUUUGCUUUUUUAAAAGAAGGAUUUAAAUACACUUACAUUACACAAACUGUGACCUAAUGGCAAUAAUUACCUCAAAUGUGGGCAUUCAUCCUGGUUUUAGCCUUUCUGAAAUCAUGUAGCCAGCUUGAACUUUGAUUCAAAGACUCUGAACUCCAUAGGGGCAGAAUAGUGAUAAAUGCCCACCCUGGUCAUUGUUGCUUGAGUGAAUUCUGAAGACAGUGAAUCUUUAAAAAGAAAAAAAAAUUAAACCAAGGAAUAGAUUACUCUUUUAUGUAUUUUAAUCAAUUGUGAUGUUAAAAUGCACAUGUAAGUAUAUAUGUUUAUAGCUACUGUAAAAUGCUUUGGCCUUCUAGAAGAUAUUUAAUGAGUCACAUUUUAAACCAAUAUGAACUGAAUAAUAGACUGUGGCUACUUAAACAGUUUUCUGGCUACAUUUUAUAGUUACUACAGUGUUUUAUAGUUUACAUUUAAACUGGUACUUUUUAAGGGAAAUCUUGUGUUUAUAAGUGACACCUUCAAAAACUCAGUACAGCUGCCUCUUUUUUAAUUUUGCCCGUUAAAAAUAGAAAAGUACAAGUGUGUUUUUAAUAUGUAUAUUCUGUUUUGAGAUAUAACAUAGUGUUGGAAAGUCAGUCCAGAGAUGAAGUAAUCCAAUGUAUUCCAAAAUCUGAUUGAAAAAACACUCCACCCACUUUGAAGAUUUAGUUCAACAGAUAAGCUAUUUGUUUGUUUGCUUGUUUUAAAAACUUGCUUUAUCAGGCCUCCCUGGUUUGAAGCAGGGAGCAUGAUACAAAAUUCACUGUUCUAUGUAAGAUCCUCAUUUGGAUGAAGAUACCCACAUUAGGAGAAUGAAGGAUAUUCAUAAGGAUUGUAUUGUACUGUUGAUAAAUCAUUAGCCAAACAAAUAGUUCCUGAGUUAGUGAAUGCUUGUUUUAUUUGGGGGGGUGGGAGGGGGGUUGUUUGUAAGUGUGUGUGUGUGUGUGUGUGUGUGUGCGUGUGUGUGUGUGUGUGUUUGUGUGAGCCACUCAGAGGCAAUGCUGUAAUUUGGCUUUCAUCUGUUCACCUCUUUCUUACAAAUGAUGCUCACCACCAGAGAAAUGUUUUAAACCAGUAAACAAAAUACAAAGUUCACUCACCAUCUCCUUGUCAACUCUGUUUUCUCAGCACAUGCCAGUCCCCAUUAAUGCUGUUCCCCACUGCUGCUACCCUGUACUUUGCAUUUUGACGUAUCACAGUCCCCACUCUCUGGUCUCACUUAGCUGUCUAGUUUUUUCUGUUGUGUUCUCUCACUUGGGUAAUCAAUGAACAUGGUAUAAAUGUCUGCUGGGCAAAAUGGUACUUUGAGGUCCCAAAAGUACAGGAAUUGACAUUUAAAAAUAUGUGUAUGUACAUCUGGGCUUCAGCUGUGGAGCUGGGGUGCUCACGGGAGGGCUCCUUUCGUGAUUCCACCGUGCCUGAGGAGGCUGUACUUGUCAGCUCGCAGCAGAGGUGGUGGAAGGGAGCAAUCGGCGACGCUUUGCAGCUGGGCAUCGGUGCUGCUCCCAGUACAAUCAGAGCCCUGGGGCCGGGGAGUUCAGCCCCCCCUUCUCCUCCUCAGCACCGUUCCGGUGGUUGCCAUUCCCGCAUCGCCGGCCAAAGCCAUCAGGUGUCACACGGCAAGCCAGGAGUGCCGGCAGCACUCGGGCCAGCUGGCAAACAUCCACCCUCCCUCACUGUGUACCACCGCUCAAUCAACAGGCUUCACUGCCCGGCUCCUGCCUGGUCCCCUGUUCUCCUGGGCGGAGUCACACUCACAAAUAAAUGACAGCACACUCCAGGAGCCAGAGUCUUGUUGAAUACCUUGGCUUACAGCUUGUUAAGCAAGAAGGGGUUUCCAACACUGGCAAUGCACAUCCCAUAGGAUCUGGAUGGUUACAUACAGCCCCUCUGCCCUCAGCAAGGAAAGAAAGCGUUUCUGCAGCACUUCCACCUCACAUGGUUACAUACAAUACUUCUGGCUUUUCCUUUCACCUGUUAUCCCUUAUGUGUUUGAUUUUUAAAAUUUUCUCUAUAUAUUUUUUACUCUGUAAUCUUUAAACAAACCUUCCACAGCUAUUCCAGGGCACAACCAUUUCAGGUGUAAAAAAGAAUCUCCACAUCCCAUGUUUCACCAACAAAGCAAUCAAGGCGUUUUGGGUACCAGAUUCUUCUUGGCAGAACCAGAAUGUAGCCUGUAUAUUUCACACCAAAUCCAAUUUCUGAAAGGAGAGGAAGUGUCAUUAAUAGCUUUAAUAAAGGAGUGUGUGUGAGAGAGAGAAAGAGAGGGAGUGAAAAAGAGAGAAGAACAAGGGGCAUCUUGGAAGGUGAAAAGUCUAGAUUUCGGGUAGUUAAAAAUGAACCAAUGGGUGAAACAUUUUUUUUUUUUAAUGAGCUGUAAAAUCCUUUUAAAAACAGGAGGGGUGAAAUGGAGGGAACGUUUUAGGCCUUUCAACUACCCACAAGCCCAGCAUACUCUGGAUGGAAAGUGGAAGUCAAUAUACACUGCACCAAAAUUAUGAAGGGAAGGUGGGGGCAGAGCUGUGAAACACUAUUGCAGUCGCAAGGGAAAAGAUGCCCCUGCCCCAGCUCUGGAUCUCAAGUGGUUCUUUCUCUACAGUAUCAUCUCAGCCCAGUAACCCCACGAAAGCCCUGAGCCGUUGUGUUCCUUCACUGUACGGUUUCUGUAAUAAGAGUGUUAAUCCAUGUUAAUCUUUGUGAAAAUUAUUGUGUGCAACAGUAUUUUCUUGUGUACUGCUUUUUACCUAUGUGAAUUGUCCCUUUCUGUUUUCUUUUCUUUCUUUCCUUCCUCUUUUUUCUUUUUAUUUUUCUUUUAGUAAUAUGUCUUUCUUAUUUUAAAAGAAAAAACAAAAACAAACUGAUGUGUUGUAGACCUAUAUGUAACCUAUUCCUUAGUCUCAUAUUAUAGGUAUGUUAUAAGAAUGGAUAUUUUACUUGGCUUUAGAAUGUUUUACAAGAAAACUAAUUCUUAACCAAUCAAGUUCUUGCUACUAAAAAAAAAAUGCUUGUGUUUUUCAUCAUGACGUUGUGUGCUUCUAAUUAAUAAUCAUUUUCGUUGUAGAAAAAUGGAGUGAAUUUAUAUUAGUCUUGGAAACUAAUAAUAGCAUUGUAAAUUUAUGAGAUGAUUUUAACAGAAAAUACAUUAUAGAAGAAUAUAGUUAUUUUAAUUGUAAUAUUACUAACUGUAGGGUGAGAAAGGAGGUCCCGUUGUGGUGAACUAUGUUAUAGCUUGUUAUUCACAGUUUCUUUUUGAUCAUUUUUUCGGUCUCUGAGGUGAAACGAGUUAUUAAUCAGAAUUUGUCAACUCACAUAUGCAUAUUGUAUAUGUGUAGAAAUGUAAUCACACUUUGUCUUGGAAUUACAUUAAACUGUUUUAAGUCACUGCAAA